AUGUUAAUACAGCAGACUGUAAUCAAAGAAUCAGAGUUCAUUAGUUCCACAGAGCCAAUCGGCCGGCCAGCAACAGAGCCGGGCCCUGACCCACGUCUGCUGACCCCAACACUCACAUCCCCUGUGUCGGCCGCGGGCAGGGCUGUACCACCCACCCGAGGCCCCGGGCAGAGGGGCCUCGGCGGUGACCUGCCAAGUCCACGGUGGGAGGAAGCUCAGGGCAGGGGAGACGGGAGAGGACCGACACGGAGGGCAGAACCUGGUGACUCACGGCAGAACAAAAAGGCUGCAGAAUUCAGCGGGCAAGUGAAAGCUCCCUGGGAAAGGUCAGGAAGUGAAUUGUCACGCGCUGUCAACCCAUAUCUGCUGCCCAAAUCCCCGGAGCCGCCAGUAAGACGGAGGGAACCAGUUUCCACCCUGCAGGACAGGGCCUUCUAUCACCUUCACAGUCCCCACCCUCAGAGGAAGCUUCCCCGAGAGCCAAGAACCUGCUGGUUCUGCCAGGCGUCCGGGUCUCAGGGAAAGCCCAACCCCAGCUCCCACCCCGUCCCCACCCUCCCACCUCGCCCCCAAGUUUCAGCUCCAGCAGCAGAGAGGGCUCAGAUCCUCAGCGGGUUGAAGCCUGCCGCACCCCCAUCCCUCCCUGAAACUCCAGGUAGAGCAAAAGCCAGGGACAGGGCCAGAGCCUCCCUCACCAGCCUCCUGCCCACCAUGAAGCUCACCAUCGCCAUCGCCCUGGUCACCCUGACUCUCUUCUGCAGACCUGCAUCCACAGAGGUCUGCCCCAGCCUUCUAUAUGCCUUGGGAAACCUCAUCAUCGGCACGCCUGCCAGCUACGAGGCUGCCCUGGAACCUUUCAACCCUGACGAAGACAUGAAAGAGGCAACAAGACAGCUGAAGACACUGGUAGACACCCUCUCCCCGAAGGCCAAGGACAGCGUGUUAACUCUCAUGGGGAAAAUAGUACAAAGUCCAGAGUGUGCUUAG